UGUCUUUGAGAUGUCGAAAUUACACAUUUUGCAUUCGUGAAGAUGGUUCGUGCUAGCCUGGCCUAUCAGAAGGUCGUUCCCGGCCAGCGGAUUGGGCGAUACAUCUCUCCUGACCCAAGUUUCCAGGAUCCUGGUGACCUCUGUGAUGUUCGUGAAGAAACCGAAGUUGAAAUCCAAAAUGCGCGUUUGGCCACUGAAGUCCUGUCCUGGCCUACUGCCGGAUUUGAGCUCUUGCAAGCCCCAACAAGGAUGCAAAGCUUCGAAGAUGAGUCUGAAGUGCGAAAGGCCGGCAGAAAUGAGAUCCCUGCAGUGCCCUGCAAUUCGCCGUGGUUUCCCUACAGAAGCUCAAGAAGUGCACCCAAAUUCCAAACAAACACCGGGAGCAGGAAGGUUAGGGUUGAAGAACUGUCUACUGCAUAAAAUUAACUGUAUUCAUUGGUAGAUCCUAAUAGCAAGAUGAGAAGCGUGGAUCCGUACUUCCUGGACAUAUUGCUUGUAGAUGUGUGCAGGAGAAGUUAAAUCAGAUAUAUACCGUAAUGAUAUAGUUAUAUAUAUAACAUGUAUAUUAUAUAUAUAAUCAUGUUGUUUUGAGCCUACAACCCGACAGGUUGUUGCUUGUAUUUUUUGACAAUUCUAUUAUCGCCGGCAGAUUCUUAGCAUCUUGGCAGACACCCAUACGCCGAAGUCUCUUCAGGUCUAUUACAGCGAGGUUCAAUCAUUGUUGUCGGAAGUUCUGGAGAAAGCUGGGGCGAAAGUUGAGCGAGUCAUGGUGUUCGACCACACGAUUCGCUCAAGCACAGCUUCCGGGCUGAACACUCUGGGCGUUCGCGGGAAGUGGGCCGGGCCUGCCACCUUUGUGCACGCGGAUUACAACGAGCGCUCAGCGCCCCAACGUCUGCAGCAACUGGCACAGACACCGGGAUACACAGGGGUGCUGUUGCCGGCAGAGGACGUUCAGAAGGUCUUGUCCUCGGGGCAGAGGUUCGCAUUUAUCAAUGUGUGGCGCAGCAUCGAUCCGCUAAAUCCAGCCUUUGACUAUCCACUGUCUUUGUGCGAUCCAAGAAGCGUUGAAGAAGAGGAUUGGAUGAACUAUGAGAUGGUUUACCCAGAUCGGGUGGGCAGCAGAUUGUCUUUGUCCAACCGCGCAGCAGCAUCGCACAAGUGGUACUACUAUCCUGAGAUGAGGAUCGAUGAGUGCUUGAUCUUCAGUUGCUACGAUCGUCGACCUGACGUCCCUCGUUUUGUUUUCCAUAGUGCCUUUGAUGAUCCAAGUGCGAGGACAAAGAUUCCGCGCCAAUCCAUUGAGGCCAGGACAGCAGUCAUUUUCGAUGAACUUGCGUUGAAAUCAACAAUUUAAGGAAAA